CAUCAACAUUUCUAGGACGCAAUAAUCGAGUCGAAUCGAAGGAGACGCAGUUAGUUUCCGUCCGUCCUCGCGAACGAACGUUGUAAACGUUAUCGAGCGUGAAACGAGGAACGCGUGUGAAUAAUUCAUCUCUCGCGGAGUGUUUUAACGUAAUCUACACCUAUGAGCGUCAAUCGAUUCGAGGAUCGAUUUCUCGGUUAAUCCGUGGAAUAUCGGAGAGACGCGCCGCCCCAGAUUUCUCCCCUUGGAACUUUUGGAACCGGCUGGACAGCGUGACCCCCACAGAAAUUUAUGAAUCGUUAAAACAACGUUAACGUGUUCCAACUCUCUCGCGAAAUAAGGAUUAGGGGAAGGAUUAAGGAAGAACGAUUAAAACGACGAUGAAAGUGCGUACGAAUUUUGGAAUGAAGAUUUUGGAAAUUGCGAUUGUUUAAGAAUUUCUUUUGUAAAGAUUGAUAUGAAGAAAAAUUGAUUUGUACGUUAAAAAAUCAGAUAAUUGAAACGAAUAAAGGAUUGAUUUAUCGUAGCACAGGGAACGAUAAAGUUUUGUAAAUAUUUUUUUUAUUUAGCUUUACUUUAAACGCCAUGGUAUAUGUAAUAUAGGGAAUUAAAGAUAGUUUUCAAUAGUUACAUUAAACAAAAACUCUUACAAAUCGAAUUAUAUCGAGUAUAAAAAUUGUUCUCGAUUGUGAUUUUAAGGUUCAAAAAAAUUUCGAAGAAUUAACGAUGAAGAUUUGUGAAAUUAAAUUCAAUAAUUUAAUUGAUUAAAAAGUUGUAAUUCGGUUGGUAAGAGAAAUAAGAAACGAAAAUAUAUUAUCUAGCCGCGGAAUCAAGCUCGGACACGGUCCCAUUCUUCUAACACGGCAACUGUGAUUAAUCAAGAAACCUCAACGACACUUACUUUAAAAAGAAGAAGCGGAAGAGAAACGAUAUUUCCAGCGACUCUGUUGCGAAGCAUGGAUUGUUAAUCACGGGCGACAUCGUGAAACUUGACGAUGGAAGAAAUUAAGUUCAAGCCUCUCUCGUUUUCUUAAUGGAAUAACGAUCGUUAUAAUUAUUGCCAUCCCCCAUGGAGGGAUAGAGACAAAGAAAAUCGAACUUAUUAUAUUAUUAAAUAACAUUAAACCAUUUCCUCUUCUUUCUUAUAAUUAUUCAUCUCAUCUCAUAUAUAUCGAAAUAAUUUUUCAAAAUUAAGAGAACGCAAGUUACUAGUAGAAGAAAUGAACGAUAUUUAAAUUAUCGAUAUUGUUCGAUAAGCAAGUAAUCUUUUAACAAAGAUAAAAAAAAAUCUGAAGAUUUUCAUCGAUAUUAAAAAAGGGAAUUUGGAAGAGUUGGAAAAGCUUCUUUGAAUCGGAACCGAAUUCACCAUGGAUUAUUAGCGAGAUUAAUAUAAUUCCAUUGCACGUGUUGGAAACGAUCGUUUUCUCGAUCAUUUAAAAUGACAUCAUUCUUCCCUCUUCAAUUUUUUCCACGGGAAAGGGAAUGAUUUAUCGCUGUACCGCAGGAUGUAAAGAGUAUUGGAAAAGUUUCACGAGUUAUCCGUUGAAGAGUUGUCGAAGUAUCGAGGAGUCGUGAUUAAAAAUUGAUGAUCGUUGGGAACACCGAGGAGGGUCUCUCGACUUGCUUUCUUCGGCGAAAUGGAAAAACACUCGAUGAACGACGAUGGAAAUUAAUGGAAACCCGUUCCUCCGCGCGAAACUGUUUAAUUAACGAAUAUUUUUCGGCAUGGUGUGGUAUGUGGAGCCCGCACCGCGUCGUCGCAAUAUGUGGGAACGAACGAUGGGGGAGAAAAUCCUCUUGUUCAUUUAUACGGCUCGUAAAUUUUGCAUGUGAUGGACCGUGAACCAAAACGGGAUAACUGUGAAAGCGGUUCCGUUUUUUAAAAUUUGAACAAUGCGUCGCGAUACGAUUGUAUGCAAAUCGUGAAACGAGUGUUAAAUAUAAUCUGGCGGUUAUAUUUAAUACAAUCUGAUGUUUAAACGUUUCGUAAUUGCAGAAAAUCGUAUCGCUCGUUAUGAAGUGAUGUGUGUUCCUGUAUCGGAACACACAUAAAUAAAUAUAAUUUUUUCUUUUUUUUAUGAUAAGAAGAGGCUUGUAUGAAUGUUUCGAAUGUGUUUGAAAGAAGAGUGGACGAGAUUUGAAUGAGAAUUUUCGAAAAACGAAAUGGGAUUAAAAGGUAGAAUUUCUUUUUCUUUUCUAUUUUGAAUAAAAGUCGUUACGUUCGGUCUUUCUAUUUCGCGAUGCCUGUUACUGAACUUUUUUAAUGACGUAACGUUGCUCUUUGAGGAAAUUCGUACAAGAAUUGCGUACACUCUCGUAAAGAACUGAGGAAAUUUAAGUAACAUUUGAAAAGAAGAAAGAGCGAAUUUAGCCAAGAGUAAAGCAAUCAUGACGUAAUAAAUAAAAUAAGAAAAUCAUUCGAGUCAGACAAGUGAAAUAAAACAGUUUAACGGAAUCUCUGUGCACAAUUCUUGAAUACGAGAUCCAAAAAUUAUAAAUAUCUAAAUUUUCUAUUCAAGAAUUGAACAUUUUCGAAAGAAAUUUAUUAUAUCGUACAAUAUUACACAUAUGUACGAGUUUUAAUUAUUUUCAAAAAUAUUUUGCCCUUUUAAUUACAACUCUAAAUCGUAAUUAAACAUUAUAUAAGUACAAAUUACAAAUUUUCAAUUAUAUAACAAAACCCAUCAGAAUAAAUAUCGAUAACAGAAGCUCACGACGAAUCGUUCCAACAUCUCGAUUGAAUAUAACUCAAAAAAAAGGUAUACUCGUCACGGUAUCGAUAAAAAUCAUAACUCGAACUUAGAAGCUCAACCAAAGCUUCGUACAAAGAUAAUCGUAGAUUGUGUUUAACACAAUUUUAUUCAACACAUUUGUUACCUCGAGUCGUUGGAAUGUUCUCGACUUGACCAAGUUUCCAAGUUUUGGCCCCAACAGCAGAACUUGUUUUACCAGUUCUACGCCAGUGAUGACACAAUGUUGGAAAAAAUUUCAUUCAAGAAUUCGGAUAUUCAGGAAACGGAAAGAAAGGAGGAAAAGUUGAGUGAGAAUUCACAACAGGUGUUAUCGUUUUAAAUUUCACGAAUCAAUUUCUGGGGGAAAUGUUAGACGAUCCGUGGUCAUUUGUGUCCGACCAAGUUUCAACUUCUUCUUCCGAUGGAGUUGGGAUGUUCUGUCCCGCGAGAUCGAAUGGAGAAUAAAGAUUUGUUGUAUCGGUCUCGCGAGCCUCGCGAAAAAUAACUGUUCCGAAGAAAUUCGCGGCGGAAGAUUGGAAGACUGGGAGCUAUUUGAUUGGGUUGCACCGAAGGAAUAAAAGUAUCCGAUUCGAAAAUGUAAUUUUUGAGGCGGUGUUGGAUAGAUCGGAUUGUUGUUGCUGACCAUUCCGAAAGAAUUUCUUUCCAAUUCGAAAGGGAUUUUGACACGAGAAAAGAAGAUGAACGGGAUGGAGCAGAUCCCUGAAGGUUGAGAGCGAGCGGAUCCUCGAUAUGACCGGCUGCUGCAGAAUGCGGCCGACUGCAUCGGCGCUCGGCGUCAUCGCCAUUGUCUCCGUCAUGAUCACUGCCACAUCGUCAGAAGCUGGCAACGGUGUCGUCGAGCCCAGCAUCAAUCACCCCGUAGUGGACGAGGAGGACCAACGCGUGCAAGAGGACGAGGCGACCGCGAACGAAACGGUGGCCGAUGACCUGGCCGCGGUCACGCUCCGCGCACGCUACGUUGACGACCCCACCGACGAGGCCCCAAUUGCCGCCAAAACUACCCAGCCGCUCCCGGAGAAACCGGCGAACGUCUCGCGAUCAUCCGAGGAAAGCGUCGUGGAAUCACUGCAGAGGGAUCAAAGCGACCUGCUGGUAUCCGUCGCGGUGGCGGUCGUGGAGAACGUCGAUCCGUUGGGGUCAGAGGCGAGGUCAGGGGAGGGCGACAGUGGUGGGAGGAGCAGGGGCAGGGUGCAGCAAGCGAGCAAGGAUUUCGUCGCGUCGACCCGGCCGAGUCGAGUGGAAAUCGCGUCGAGUGUCGGCUCCUCGACUGGCUCGGGGGUCGUGGACCGGUUGGACGGUGUCCAGGCGGAGGGCGAGGGUCCGUCGAACGUGGAGGAGCGCGGGGAGAGUCCGUUGGGUGGGUCUAACGUGGACAAAUGGCGGAGAGGUGGCUUGACGACCGUGUCCAUCCGCGAGACGAUCUCGACGGCGGGGACGAUCGAGCGGAAGAACGUGGAGGACGUAAGGGCGAUCUCGUUCCAAGUGCCUGCGGUUGUCGAGGAGGUGGAGGAGGUCGUGGACAGGCAGCGGGGCAACGAACAGCCGAGGAAGGAUCAUUCGAGGCCGGUGAACAAUCUCCUGUUGGCCGGUGGCAAGUCGACGAAGGCGUUCUACGAGAUAAAACCGUCGAUCAAAACCGAGAUGGAGGGUGAUCAGGUGGGCCCGACAAUCGGCACCCAAAGGCCGCUCCAUGGAAGGAAGUUCGUGUUGCCGAGCGUGGACAGCGCGUUCGGCAAAUUUGGCCCCUAUUUCGAAGAUGGGGAUCAGGAGAUAAAUAUCACUGCCAGGAUAGGGAGCACCAUGCUGUUGGAUUGCAAGAUCGGCAUGCUUGGUAAUAAGGAGGUGACGUGGGUGCAGCAGCCUAGCAAAGACUUGUUUCGUCUGCUCACCGUCGGCAUGGUACCGUACAGCGUGGAUCAGAGGAUCAGCCUCAACUUCCGGUAUCCAAGCAAUUGGAGAUUACAGAUCCAAUACGCUAACCCGCGGGAUUCCGGUUUAUACAAGUGCCAAGUCUCGACGCAUCCGCCGCUGGUUAAAACGAUCAACGUCAUCGUCACGGCGCCGGAAUUGACAAUAACGGACGAUUCCGGUCGAGCGGUGUCCAAGGAGAGGCAUCUAAAGGCAGGAAGCGCACUGAAGCUUAGAUGCGAAGCCAGGGACGUGAUCGAGUCCCUGAAGGAAUCCGUCAUUUGGACCAGAGGGGAUGAAACGCUUACCGAGGACGUUAGUGAAAACAGGACGACGGAGAUUUUGGCUGGCAAGGAAGUCCUCGUGAUCGUCAGCACCCUGAUCGUGGAGAGGGCCAGCCCAAGACACGCCGGAAACUACAGCUGCGUGGUAAGAGGGCCCACGGCUCCGGAAAAGGCUAAAACGACCAUCGCGGUACACGUGCUCAAUGGGGAGUUGCCGGCCGCGGUGCACGACGGCAACGGGGUCUCCAGGGCGUUCCUCAACCUGUGGCUAAUUCACUUAACGAUGAGCUACGUUUUUUCCAGAUGACAAUACUAAGGCCAUCGCAACAGCGCCGAGAAUCCCACCGACAAGUCGAUUUGAAUAUCGCGGUGCGCGAGCAUCCGUUCAUGGACAGUUCGGUGACCGAUCAUUGAUCGAAAUCGUCGUCGUCGGCAACGAGGGUUCGACCAAUAUGGAUCGAUUCCGAUUCUCCAGCCGAGAAUGAAAAAAAAUAUAGAAGAAAGAGAAAAAAAAAUCGUUUUUACCUUUAAUAAUAAUUUAGAAUUCCCUUUUCGAUCGAUCGAAUUUGAUCAAGUAGUAGCUCAUCCUCGAGGAACUCGGUGAUCGUCUCGACGACAACAUUCAUUAACGCGAGUAGUUAACGUGAAAAAUCGCGCGAAAAAAAAAGAAAGAAAGAAAGAAAGAAAGAAAGAAAGAACAAAGCUGGAGACGGAUCGCCGUUACAAAGUGGGCCAUUUAUUGUACAUAAAUUUAAUAGGACAGCGUUCUGGACAGACAAUGUUUUCGAUGGAAGAUCUUCAAAAUUACUCUUGGUGCCAAGGUGAUGAGAAACACCGGAUGAGGGGAAUAUUGGAAGGAUGUACAACGGUGAUGGAGAGGAGUUGAUACUGUUUGGAAUGUUGAUACUUUGAAAUCGAUAGGGUUUAGCAGAGAUUUAUUGCUCGUUACGGGAGGAUAGAGGAACACGACGAGGGGUUGGGAAAGUUGAUCGGGAGGAUGGAGGUUAUUAUCUCAUUGAAUCGUUCAGUUAUUUUAAUUAUAUUUCCUCCGGUGAUAAUGAUAUUAUUUACGUAAAUUUGGUAAAUUUUUUUCGUAAAAUUAUACACAUUGAUAAAUUGCAUGAAUUGGAAGAAGAAUACAGAGAUACAUUUCCAAUAUUAUUUACUUUCGAUAUCAAUGAUUAAUAAAAGCAUCGAAAAAUAUAAAAUCGUGCGCAGUCAACGAUAUAAACAAACAAGAAUUGGUAUAUUAUUCAAAUAAAGGCGAGAGAUUCCUCUUAAUAAAUCGUCGUUUAUUCAUUGCUCUCGAUAAGAAAAAUAUAACGCAACGAUUAUAAUUAUCAGAGACGUAUAAGGGAGGAAGGAAACUCUUGGUAUUAUCUAAAAGGGUGCACACUAAUAGAAUCUGACCUCUCGUGAUCCGUAUGCAUCAGCAGCCUCGGUUUAACCCAGAUACCACGAAAACGUCAUCGACGUUUUCGACGGCCAAAAUAGUUGGGAUAGUCGAAGGACCAUAGGUAUAAUUAAUUAGCCGUCGAGAUUCUUUUCGAACUAGAUCCUGUCUAGCGUGAAAAAUAAUCGUUUCAACUUGGAUUUGGUGGCUGCAUUUAGCAAGGUAAAUCUCAUUUUACGAUGUAAAUCUUCGUGUUUUAUUAUCGCGUGUACAAACAAAUGAUAUUCGCAACGAAAACAAAAAAAAAAAUAAUAAUUCCAUCCCUUACUUUCCCUUGCCUUUUAUCAUUCCUCUCUUCGUUUCACUCUCGUCCCCGUUUUUAUUUUUCUCUCCAUUUUUCCUCCCCCUCCCCUCGUGUUCUCUUUCCCAUAUUUGAAAAUUCUCUCGAUUCCCCCCUUGAAAGUAUUUGAAAUAUCUGGAUGAAUUAUUUUCGUGUACACCACUUGCAGCGUGGCGUGCUGCGCAUACAUAAUGCGUUAUGCGUGGCGCAGAGAAAAGAGAGAGGUUGGAAACGCGCCUCGGGGGCACGAGACGGGGGUGAAGGGGAAACAAAGGGAUAAUUGUGUACAACGAAAUUCUCUAGCUGUGAUGCUUGAAAUGACGCGGAGAAAAUUGGAUCGACGAAGAAGGUUUCGCGCGGGAUUGGGGAUUUUAAACGAAAAUUGCGCGGAAUAAGAUCGAUGAAUAAUUUUUAUAUUGUAAACGUUAUUGUAAACGCUAUAUGUAAAUUGUGAAUCUUUUUGAAGAAAUAUUUGUGGGAAGAAAGAAUUUGUUAUUCAAGGAGGAAAUAUAAUUGGAGGGACGAGGAAUGGAUGGGGAAGAAUAUUGAAAAAGUAAAAGGUUUCGCUGCAACAAAACGAAUGUACGUAUGUCAUCAAUUUCACGUAACGUCGUUUUAUUUGUGUAUAUGUACAUCUUUAUAGAGGUAUCCACGAAAAUCAUGGUUAUAUCGAAUGUGGAACGAUGGGAAAGAAGAAGGGAACUGGUUCGAGUCGACAAAUGUACCAAGCCUUUCCAUUCGUGAUUGAAUGAAUAUCGUUGUUCAAACGGUGUCGAUACGUGAUCAAUGUAAUGCAAUGUACUUUAGAUAUCACGAUCCUCGUAAUUUUCCAUGAAACAAUAUUCCUCCGUUUAACCUUCGAGAAUACAAAUCAAGAAUUGCCGCGAUAUCGCGCCGAGAAUAAUACAAUCGUUGGAAGGAAAAUAUCGAGAAUUUUUAAUGUUGUUCCAUUCGUGGAAUAUGAAAGUAGAUCGCGUGUACAAUUUAUUGUACAUCGUGAGAGAAGGGAAUAGUUGGAAUAGAUAUUUUACUUCCUGUUUUUUGUUAUAACUGUGCUCUUCGAUAUUUCAUCCGUUCGAUGUAACAAGAUAUAAUCGAUCCCAAUAUCUUUCUACGUUUCUUGAUAAAUUAAUUUUAUUACGUUUCCAGGAAAAACGUAAAUUAACAAAGAAAAAUGAAUAUUCACGACAAAGAAUAGAGGAACCAGUUCUCUCAUCCUUUCGCCCGUCGAGAACAAAAUUUCUUAUGUAAGAAAACGAAAAUUCUCGAUUCCAUCAAUCGCAACGAUCAUGAUCUUUGGCGAUACCGAUUUAUCCUGCAUCUAUUGCUGACCAUUCUUCUUUUUCACACUUUUAAGCAAAGAGGAAAAAGCACGACGAGCGUUGAGAUACGCGAUCUUCUUGACGGAAUGUCGAAAAACGUAAUGUCGGAACGAAACUGGCCGACAUUAGACGAAGGGAGAAUUUUAUCUAUACAUAUUAAACACGUGCACGAUCUAUACAUAUUAUAAAUAGGCCCGAUCGAUCGCGAUAAGAUUAUAUUUUUAUAUGUAAAUAUGGCGUUCCUUCUUGUUAUCUUAUUAAAUAUAUCGACGAGGCGGUAGAUAGAAACGAACACUGCGAUCGAAUAGUUCUGGUUUUUCGAGGAGAUGCCAGAAAUACGAAGAAAAAAAAAAAAAAAAGAAAAAAAAGAAAAAAAAAGAAGAAGAAAAGAGAGAGAUCGAUUCUAGCGUGAAAAGGAAAUAUUGUCGAAACGAACGAAUUACUUUAUCUUAUGAAUAUUUCAUAAGAAUCUGAAAAGGGGGGGUAGGAGGAGAGCAACUGAUUUUAAAUCGUUGAACGUUGUUGGACAUGAUCGGUAUUACUCCAUUCCCUAUUAUUAUUUCCCGAGAAAUGAAAGAUGCAAAACGAAGAAUCGUCAACUCGAUGAAUUUGUAUAAUUUCGAUAAAGCGAUAACCGGCCCGUUAUCUAUCCUCGAUUUUGCUUCGUCGUUUUAUCAAAUUUCCCGAGCGAAUUUAAUUGGUGAGGAGAUUUUUAUUAGAAAUACCUCGAACGUAAAGAAUACCCGCACGCUUUGUUCCUUUUUCGUAAAGCCGACAAAAAUGCUUUUGACAAAAUUUAAUCUCGUUACAAAAUUCUCGCCGAUGAUCCAUCAUGAAGAGAGACAGAGAGACAAAGAGAGAC